AUGUCUCGAAACAUCUUCUUGGUGGGAGCCCCAUUAUCAGCGAGUCUGGACUGGGAGACAGACGAGCUUCUCAAUACACCCAUACCUCCAUUUCAUGACGAGAACAUGCAAAGCUCACGUCAGUUGUCCUUCGAUCAAUCGCCAGCAAGAUGGAGAGUACUGCGUGCACCGACAGACAAGCUAGGUGAAAGCUAUGCUUCUUACCAAGGUCAUGAAGAUCCAGCUUUCUUUGUCUCACAUCAAGUAGCUGUACCAGAAGAAAGCUUAGCAGACUCAAUUCUUUCUCAAUUCUACGACCAUUCAUUUGCCGUUCAUGAAACUUCCGAGGUGUCUGCUUCGGAUGUGUACGUGGCCGACUCGACCCAAGAAAGCAGUCUGGAGGAUAGCAGCAUAGGAUUGGACGAAGACGUCCCUAGGCCACUACAUAUUCCUGGACCCCUUAGCGACCUGCAGGAACUCCCCACAGCCAGAUACCUCCAAUCCAUCGUACCGCAAACAAUGACAGUGAAUUUGAUUGUGGCAAUCCUGGCAAUUCAUCCCCCACGCCGCGUGAUAACACGACAGUGGAAUACCGAAUUUCACAUUUUCGAGUUUGUUGUCGGAGAUGAGACGCGAGCUGGGUUUGGAGUCAAUUUUUGGGUCAAACCCCAUAAUUUUGCCAAGAACAAUGAAACGGAUCGGCUUGGCCGAUCUCUGGCGUCCCUUCGACCCCACGAUAUUGUCCUGUUCCGUACCGUUGGGCUCAGUACAUUCCAAGACCGGGUGUAUGGACAAAGCCUACGCAGAGGGAUAACUACGGUUGAACUUUUACACCGAAAACCGGUGGAUGUGACGGAUGCAGUGGGAUUUUAUCAUGGCAACCAUUUUCAAGGUAGCGGAGAUCAGCCGCUUUCAAAGGUCCGCCGAGUACGGAACUGGAUGCUCCGAUUUGUGAUGGAUACGGCAGGCGGUGAAAUAUCUGUUCCACGUGGAUUACCUCCAGACACACAGUAG